AUGAAUCUUGAAGUACUUGCAAAUGAGUUAUUACUCUAUCUGUUUGAAUUUAUUACUCCAUUGGAUUUAUUUCGUGGCUUUUACAAUUUGAAUUCUCACUUCAAUAAUCUUAUUCUUAUCCAUUUUCGAAAUUAUCGUUUUGAUUUUCGUUCAUUAUCAAGACAAGCGUUAAAAAUCGUUUGCCAGAAUUAUAUUUCAUUAAUUUCUGAUAAAGUUAUUUCUCUUCAUCUGUCCGACGAUGAUGGUACACCGGGACAAGCAGCUGAUUUUUUUAAUUAUAAUAUUAGUCUUGGUCAGUUUACAUCAUUAAAAGCUUUAACAUUAUUUCGAAUUGAAAUGCGUCAAAAACAUGAUGAAUUUUUUUCUCUUGGCAUACAGCAACUUCAUCAUCUUUCACAUCUGAAACGUGUUGAUUGUGAUUUGAAUUAA